CGCAGGAAGUGCUCACAGCAGAGGCGCCUUUUCUGAGCUCAUGUCGUCAGGCGAAAAGUAGCUUUGACACUCAGCAGGCCGACACUGUUUUAGCUCAAAUAUACAUUCAUUUAAUAGAAAUAACAACUCAGGGGAACAGCAGCACACUCCGUUAAACUCAAUAAUACAACAUGGCGACUAAAAAGAAGCGAACGCCUCAUGUAAAUAACGACAGCUGGGUUGUCAUCGCUGCAGACUCUGCCAUCCACAUACAGAAGCACGACAGUGACCCAGCUUUUGUGAGGCUAAGGAAUCCUGCUACAGAUGUGGCAUCUCUGUAUAUGCUCAGUAGUGGGGACGCACAGCUGUUUGAGGUCAAAGCAUUUGAAGAAGAUUUCCACUCCUGGUUUGUUGGUCAGACUGUACAGAGAGAUGGGAGACUUCUCUUUUUAACACCGAUGGAUCCUCUCUAUCUAAUUUUGCCAUAUUUGAUUAAAUCUGGCAGAGAGGGGAAGUUCCAGCCGGUGGAUCAAGUUGUUAUGGACGAGGAAUUCCCAGCUUGCUCAAGGCUGCUGAGCUGCACACGCUCCCUGGCCUCCCUGCACCACAUCGCAGAGGAAAAAGAGGUGGGAAGUCUGAAGUUCCAUCGAUACAGUGAAGAGAAGACGAUGAAUUGGUUGAAGAAAAAGGUGGAGAGGACUGUCACUGCACUCAAAGCGAGAAGUAUCUCUGUGGGAGAAGGAGUCAAAUCCACAACGUACGUCAGAAUGAAGUCAGAGUCGGACUACUGUGAGGAGGACUACCUACGCUAUGCUCAUGGCCUGAUAUCAGAGUACCUCAGUGAGGACCUGAGCAAAGCCCUCCUCAAUCACCUGCAGUUACCAGAGCUCACAAGUCCAAAGGAGACUGAACCUCCUUCCAAGAAGCGGAAACUUUCAGACAAACCGGUGGAGGCCGGAGACGACUACACCAAAUUCAACAGUGCAGACUUUGCGCGGAAACCGCCCAAGAAGAUGACUGCUGCUCAGAAAUCUCUGGCGAAGGUGGACAAGACCGGCAUGAAGACGAUGUCGUCCUUCUUCAGCCCCAAGGUCAAAGCAGAAAAAUAAGUGAAUGUUGUACAGUUUCUGGUUUUGUAUAUGAAACAUUUGUAAUAAAGAAAAGGAAAUGUAU